AAUCCUAGAUCCGCCCCUGCUUAUACGUGUUUUUGUGUUUUUCUUUAUUUCCUGUAACUGCUAAUUUUACUAAAUUUGGUUUGUUUAUUUGUUUAUUUGGCCUCGAAUAUUCUGAUUUGAUUGAAUUAGAUUAGCACCUCAAUUUGCGUUGUUUGAAAUGAAAUUAAAUGUUUAAUUUUUCGUUUAUCAUAGUCGGGUUUCAAAUUUUUUUCUUCAAAUUUUUUCAUGGCAAAAUUUUUAAUUUUGGUUCAACUAGCGUCUAUCAAGGUAAUGAUUCACGACACGUUUUAGUCAAUGUAAGCAUCAUCUGAGGCAAACGUAUAAAAUAUUUGUGGUAAUUUUGACAUUAAAACCAGAAAGUACCAUGGCACAGGAUCACAUGACAUAAGCUCUCUCAGCAAAAGAUAUCACGUGAAAAAAGGCUUAAGAUCCCUUUCUUGUGAAUGCAGAAUUUCUUGGCCGUUCUAUUCUUAACUUGUUAUUUCGUAUUUUAUUCUGAACUUUACUAUUUAGAAUUUCAGAAGUUUCAUGUCAUUAACUUAGUUUUCGAUUCAACUCAACGGGAACCUACAGAAUUUGUGCCGGCCUAGUUACCGCUCAAUAAAUGGCUUUGAGUGCUUAUUUGUUUCUGCGGUUGUUUUCCUCAUUAAACAUCAUUGCAGAAAAAACUUUGAAAGUUUUGUAGUUGCGAUUUUUCGAAUUAUUUUUGCUUUUUUUUCGAUUUAGUGGCUUUUCUUCGACUUUCUGUCUGCUAGCUUGCAAGGCUAUUAUGUUUGUGUGAUAUUGAAAGUGGUCCGAAGCUCCACAUGGACCACGUAUAGAUCGCGUUGAGCCCUUUUUGUCGUUAUUCGAUUUUUUAACAACUUUUGAACUUUAAGACUGUAUAGAGCAAACGGCAGCUCGAAGUCUAAGUUUUUAAUGUGUAGUUUUUUGAAAUGGCUAAAGGUAAUGGUGAACGUGAAAAAACAAGUGGUGACAAAGCGAAUGUAACUCUUGGAAUUGUUUUAAAUUUUUGAAUUGUCAUUGUUUCCAUAUUCGAAACUGUUCGGAAGUUUCUAGCUACUUGAGCUGCGUAAUCGCAAAUUUGGUUUGAAACACACAACUCGCCACCUGAAUAAAACAAUGGAACAAAUCUCUGUCAGUGUAGGUAAUAUUAGCGGCAACACACUGAUUUGAGCGCCUUAUACCUCGUGACGAAUGUGAGCGCAGCAGAACGAAACGGAGCAAGCGAUCGCUACUUGUCAAUGCUACAGUUUGAAAUAAUUUACAAAAUUUGAUUUGGUGAGAUAUUGAAUUCAAAAAUAGGUCUUGAUGAUUUCUUUGUUUUUUUUUUAAGGAAAAGUAAUCAUUUUUUUCUCGCCACAUUUGCUGUUAUCUGGCUUGACUUUUGAUUUAUUUUCAAGCUCAUUUGCCAGUAGGAGGGCAAAUUGCGAUCUCCACUUACACACAUUUUUGAUUUUUUUCUCACGGUCUGUGUUCUGAUUUUUGUGUUUAGUUCAUUUCUUUUGUUAAAAGGAAGGCAAACUCCACUAUCGAACAGCAAAAGUUUUAAGGUCACGAAAAGCGUCAUCGACUUCUAAUUUCGAGAAAGGAUUUCAGUUUUAGGUUUCCUAGCGUAAUCAGAAUUUUUUUUUCAAAUUGAGAUAUUUUAUCUAAAAAGUGUCAAUGAUAAAUUAUUCUUGAAAUCUGAAGACCUAAGGGCCAUACGUUUUUUCUUUUAAGUUACAAGUUUUUUCAGAGAAAUAUAUAUUUUUUUCAUUUCCCUUGCGUUCAUUUACUUUUUUCUAACUGUCUGUUGGCUAUGUUGUUACCAAUGUCUGUCUCUCUCUCUCUCUCUUCAGAAUGUCUGUUAAAAAAAAGGAAUGUGGCCGUGGCGAGUUUGUCUUGUACGAGUGUUGCGAUUGGACUGCUAGAGAAGAAGUAGCUUUGUUAGAAGCCAUCGAGCAUUUCGGAUUGGGCAACUGGGAAGAUGUAUCAAAACUCAUUGCAACCAGGUCCCCUCAAGAGGCCUUCAAUCACUUCGAGGAAACGUACGUUAGCUCAAACAUAGGAGACGAGACCUUGUCUGCGGAGCAAUUUGGAACUGUGUAUGAUAGUGCAAUAAACUACAGUGAAGGUUGUGACCCUCUCAAAGAUAUGAUUGUUGGGAGAAAAACAAGUGUGGAAAGAGAACAACAACAGUUGAUGGCAUAUUUACCGUUAAGAGACGACUUUGAAUUAGAUUUCGACAAUGCGGCUGAAACUGAUAUAGCAGAUUUGAGUCCAUUUGGUGACCCUGGAUGCUUUGACAUGGAGAUGAACUCGUUACAAUUCGAGCUCAAAGUCGCGCAAGUUCACAUGUUUAGACGAAGAAUCACAGAGCGUCAAAGGAGGCAUGAUGUUGCACACGAUUACUCAGUCAUACCAGAAUUUUUCAGAGAAACCAAAGAAGCCAGUUCGAGUUCUUCCAAAAAUAGCAGUUGUUCAACUCAAAAAUCAGGCGACAUUCGGGGGUUCUACAGAGAAAAAUGUAAAGUAUGGAAUGAAAUUAUAAGUAGCACUGAAACUGCAAAUACUACUGAUGCAGAUAAAUCAGCUGCUCUGGCUUUUCUUCAGACAAUUUGUGAAUCUGAGGCGAACCAAUUGUUUCGAGAUUUGUCCGAAGAAAGAAAAGUUAGAGCUCAACUGAAGUGUCUGCAGUUUUUCCGCAAACGUGGCUGUAGAACAUUGGAAGAUUGCGGCGAAGCAAUGCUACGGGAAAGUUUCGCGUCGGCCGAAGUAGACAAAGAGGUCAGAAAGCAGUUGGAACAUGAGGUUUCAAGUAGUUCAACCAGGAGUUCAUCAGUUGGAGCAGGUGGUGAACACAAAUCGUGCGAAAACGGACACGACAAUCUCAGCAAAGAGGAGGAACAGUUCUGUGACAGGUAUGAAAUAAAACCUGCCAAGUAUAUUACUAUCAAGUUGAAUUUACUCAAAAAAAUAGGCGACGGAAACUCGUUCGAUGACGUCAGAGCAAGGUUCCGAGAUAAAGAAGGCGUGAACAAGAAAGUAGCCGAUUUCCUUCAUCUCAGUGGGUUAAUACCGUCAUCAUCUUAAUCUUCU